UAUUGGAGUGUAAAUACGUUUUUCUGGGUAUUCAUUGCCUUGGUAGCGUCCUCUUGUAUCCGAUGCCACCUGUCUAUAUAGUGUAUGCCUUAUGGAAGUAAAAACAGUUCAUGCAACUGACUCAAGCUUCGAACGAAGUGCCAUGGUUCGUGAAAACUUUCUAAAGCCGCACUCUGCAAAAGCCAUCUCUUCUUCGCGUCGGUGUAGAAGCCAGAACUUGAUGUCAUCGCAUUUAACUUAGACAAAACCCCUCUCUUUGAAGGCUCCAGCCAGGCKGACUUCAGCUGUUGUGUUGUACUCCAGAAUCUUAUCUUCACGAUUCAACUGCAAGACAAUGGUGGACAUUGGCUACAUYGUUCUUACCACAUUUUUCUCCCUAGUGAUUACAAUCGGGAHGUUAGGYAACUUACUGGUCUGUCUUGUYGUUCUUCUUAACCGACCCAUGCGAACACCUAUGAACUAUCUCCUCGUCAACCUYGCUAUCUCCGACAUGAUACUUUUAAUCUUCUUCAGUCCUACGUUUGUCUUUGGUCAAGCUUUUAAGCAUCCUACAGGACAAGCUGGACACUACCUCUGUUUGUUUAUAACCGGUGAAACACUUGCAUGGAUGGGAGGAUAUGCUUCGUCGAUAUUUCUUCUCGCCAUAGCUAUAGAACGAUACUACGCUGUUGCAAACCCACAGAGCUAUGGCUUUAGUUUCAUCAAAAGACACCUCAAAUUCCUCGUAACACUGUGUUGGCUUUUCGCCUUAGCGUGGAAUGUCAAUGGAUUUGCUACUAAGUAUUAUGACGAAAAAUUAGGGGUUUGCAACAUGAAAUGGCCUGCAGAAUAUUCGUUUAAAGUGUAUGCAGCAUUGUCCUUCAUCACUGUUGGAUUUGUACCUUGUUUUACCAUGCUUAUUUUGUACUCAAGGGUUGUCUAUGCCUUGUGGUUUAAGAAGCAAAACCUGCGGACCAGUCACARUGAAGAACGGGACCGACUUCGGCGCAGGAAAGCCACUAAAAUGGUUCUUUCUGUCAGUAUCAUGUAUACACUUUGUUGGAUUCCUGAACUAACGAUUUUCAAUCUUGCAGCUUUUGCACCUCAUUUAACUCAGGGUAACCUGGCCUACCCUGCCUCUGUUGCUAUGGUUUCRCUAAAUUCAGCGUUCAACCCUUUAUUGUACAGUCUCCAUAACAACCAGUUUCGACGUCAUCUGAAACGUCUGUUGUGCUGUAGAAGUAGGGACAACUUACGGGUAUCUGAUGGUACAGCAACACAAGAUCAACCAGAARAAAAUAUUUAAUCUUUUAGAAACUAUCAGUUGUUGUUAUAAUGACGUCAUCAUCAUAAUGACYUUAAGUUUCAUGAUGACGUCAUUAACUUGAUAAAGAAGCCAAGAUAUCCUUUCCUUAAUUUUUGUGGUGGCAUCUUUAUCUUCUUAAUGGCGUCAUUAUGUGCUAAUCAAAGCAUAUAUUUUAAAUGACGUCAGUUUUCAUGUUGACGUCAUAACUCUCAUAAUGACGUUAUAACUGCAUGUUUACAACAGUAAUAAGCGGGUUUUCUCUCCCCCCCACUCGUAAUGAAGUGAACAUUCAAACCACAAACAGAUGUUGUAACCAUGGCAACUUCGGUGUUGGCUAUGGUACAUGACGUCAAUAACACGUAAGAAGGAUAAAAAAAUCUUGUACAUCA